AUGAGCGUCCCCGCUCCUAGCGCCAACCGUCAACCUGGGGCGGAUGCCACUUCAUCUAUCUCAUCAGGUAGAUUUCCAACAAGCGCAUCUUCUUCAACACUCCUUUCCCAAGCUUCGGGAGCUUCAGCAAACGCUUUAUACAAUUUUAGACUCCUUUCAGCUCUCAGAUCUGAAAACCCAUCCGAAGUGCAGCCUUUCCUUGAUGAACUGAAACCUUCCUCUAACUCGGUUGGGGGUCAGGAAGACCUGGAAAAAGCUGGCAAACUACUAGGCAUGGCCGUCAGAAUAGCAUCAGUACCCAUCAUCACACAGAUUUUGCAGUCUCCAUCCAUCCCUAGUCCUAAUCUAUCUGUCGGCUCCGGAACCCAGACCACAGCAUUGCACGUUGCCAGUGAGAUUGGUAGAUCAGAUGUCGUCGAGGUGUUUCUUAAUGACCCUAGAAUAAACGAUACUAUACGUGAUGAGCAGGGUCGGACUGCCCUGGAGUGCGCGACGAAUUCGGAGAUCUCUCGUCUUAUCGAAGAAUCUCGAGGUCAUUUGCAGAUGAAAUACCUUGCGCGCUUGGCUGGAUAUAUCUCGAGUCCUCUUAGUUCAGUUGAUGAGAGUUUGAACAUGAUCGAGUUUUUAGAAGGACCGAGGACUGGUAUUCUCAAUCUGAGUGCUCUGGAUGAAAGAAGUGGUACAUCAUUACUGCACGAGGCAGCUCGUCGAAGAGAUCUUCGUCUUGUUGAGAUUGCUGCGAAGAGGGGCGCAGACGUCUUUGUGAGAGAUAAGAGAGGUAAAAGAGUGCUUGAUGGUGAGAAAAACGUAGAUGAGAGGAUCAAGGUUUUCUUAAGGCAAUUCAAUAACCAAAAUAGUCUCGUUGAAGCGAAAGGCGAUGGCAGGCCACCUGAUCUUCGAGGGUUCUUGAGCAAAUGGGUAAAUUACAGAAGUGGUUGGCGGACAAGAUGGUUCGUCUUGGAAAAUGGUGUUCUGAGUUAUUACCGUAAUCGAGAAGACGAACAAAUAGCUUGUCGAGGAUCGAUUGCGAUGGCGGUUGCUACCCUUCACCCCUCCACUGAUGGCUCAAGAUUUGAGGUUCAUUCAAAGGUGUCAUCCUCAGUACCGAAAUUCAUCGUUAAAUCUGCUCACAGAGCAGAGAUCGCUCGAUGGGUUCAGUCCAUUCGUUUGAACAUCGAAUAUCACCAGAAGAAAGGCGGAUCCGAUGGUCAACCGAAACGAAGUAUGAGUCUUAAUCAGGACAGGGGAACGGCCGCCGGAUCUCUUCCACCUAUCGACUCCUUCCUCAGUCCCAACCUUCAACGGUCGACCACUGGAUUAAGUGUAGUCAGCAUUCCUGACGGUGCACCACAAGGGAGCGGGAUGCUUCACUCCUCUUCGCGAACAGCUGUCACAGAAGACGAUGCAACAGAGAUCCUGUCUGUUUACGAAGGACAUGACAACAAUUCCAUCACAGGCAGUGGGGACCAACACACUGGUAUCCCUCAUCAGGCAACAUAUGAUCUUGGAACACUGAAUAUUAAAGCUCAGGUUGAAAUGACGCUUCAGUUGAUCGACUCGGUUGUCACUCCUCCUUCAUCAGCAAACGCUUCUCCCACUCGUGGAGGUAACGACCUAGCAAGGUCUUCAUCCCGUCAACAAGCGGUGAAAGAUGCUUUACGACAAUCUCUUUCUACUCUAGCCAACCAAAUUUCACAACAAAAUAUCAUGACUCAAGACAGGGAGAAACACCUUCUCAAUCGUAUUCAGCGGGAGGUGGCGGCUAGACAUAUUUGGGAGGAAAAUAUGUUGACCGUUGCCCAACAGCAAGCUGAAGCUGAUCGACAAUUGACCGAAGCUGCCAAAGAUAACGAGAAGAAAAGAAAAGCCCUGAAACAGGCUAAAGAAGUCUUAGCUAAUUUAGCUGGAUCGGAAAACCUACCAAGUUUACCUACUUCCCCUGGAGUACCUGAAAAGCGUUCGAUCGUCUCCCAAGGCAUAUUGGACCAAGCCGUAAAUGCUUUACAAUCUCCAGUCAAGCCAUCACUUACACCUCGACCUUCUGUACCUAAUAUCCAAGAGGCGCAUGAUGCUAUCUUAGCUGCUGAAUCAGAUGAUGAAGAAGAUGAUGACGAUGAAUUCUUCGAUGCGAUUGAGACAGGUACUCUACCUAAUCUCAAAUUGUACGAUAGCAUCGCUCAUCCAGAGAAAGAACGUCCUGGUACUCCCACUGCCAUAGAAAAGCAGAGUUUCAGUUUGGAAACACAGAAGCCAGCUGCAAGAGGUACUGUCAAGGAACUUUUGGCUAGAAAAAGUCUUGAGCCUUACCUGCACGUCAGAAACAGAUUACCUAUCGAUGAUGACAAACGCCCCUCCGUAAGCUUAUGGAGCAUCCUGAAAUCCUCUAUCGGAAAAGAUCUUACCAAGAUCUCAUUCCCUGUUAGCUUCAACGAAUGUACCUCGAUGCUGCAGAGAAUGGCCGAAGAUAUGGAAUACGACGCUUGUCUCACGGUCGCUGCGGGGGAGCAGGAUUCAUUGAAGCGAAUCGCCUUUGUUGGUGCUUUUGCCAUGAGUAAUUACUCCUCCACUAUCGGCCGUAUCGCCAAACCUUUCAACCCUUUGCUGUCGCAAUCUUUUGAAUAUGCUAUACCUAAUAGGUACAGGUAUAUCUCCGAGCAAGUGUCCCAUCAUCCUCCAAUUUCCGCCUGUUAUUCGGAAGCGCCAACAUGGAAAUACUAUGGAGAAGUUGACGCUCAGAACAAAUUCCAAGGAAAAUCAUUCGAGAUCAGACCCACGGGUGUAGCGCAUGCUGAUCUGAUCAUUCCGAGAUCAUGGGUGAAAGGCUCAGAAUAUCCUGAUGCCGGUCCUGAAUAUGGCGAAGACUGUGUCAUAGAGCAUUACUCAUGGAAGAAAGUCACUACGAAUGUUUCCAAUUUCAUCAUGGGUUCGCCCCUUAUCGACCAUUAUGGAGAUCUGAUCGUCACUAACCACAGAACUGGUGAAACAUGUACGCUCACGUUCAAGCCUAGAACCUGGAGAGGUAAAGACGCAUUUGAGAUUAAGGGUAAUGUUAUAGACGCGGAGGGCAAAACAGCUUGGGAUAUUGCAGGAAGAUGGGAUACUCAACUCAUUGCAAGACGACACGGUACUUCAGCACCGCUCGAGGUGGAUACAACAUUCAAUCCUGCUCAAAAAGAAUAUAUGCUACUAUGGAGGAAUAGUGAAAAGCCUAAAGCUCCAUUUAAUCUGACUCCUUUCGCUGUAACUCUAAACGAUAUUCCCAAUGGCUUGCGAAGCUAUCUCGCUCCGACGGAUUGUAGGUUGCGAACGGAUCAACGAGCUUUCGAAAAUGCGGAAUAUGAUAGAGCCCAAGAACUCAAAACGUUAAACGAAGAGAAACAAAGACAAACUCGGAAAUUGCGAUCAGAAGGCAAACUGCCACCUCAUGAACCGAGAUGGUUCUCCUCAUUCACCGAUCCUGAUUCCGGAGAAAGAUUAUGGCUACCACGCAGAGCAGAAGAUGGGGAAGUCAAAUUUUGGCAUGAAAGAGAAAAGGCUAACUGGGAUCAAGUUGGAGUCGAACACAUAUUUGCUGAAGAUGAGAGAUAA